AUGCCGGCCAUUCAGGGCAGCACUGCAUGGAUCUCCGGUGCGGCGCAGGGUAUCGGUCUGGCUGUCGCCCGUGAGUUGGUUGUGAAAGGCGCCAAUGUCGUGAUGGCAGAUCUUGUGGAUGCGACCAAAGGACAAUCCUUGGCCGCAGACCUUUGCCAAUUGGGAGCUGGCAGGGCAGUGUAUGACCGGGUGGACGUGACAGACACGGCCGGCCUGCAUCGCAGUCUAGUCGGGAAGCCGCAGGAGGCUUUUGGGUCCUGUGCAACCAUCGUGGUCAACAACGCAGGAAUUGUGGUCAACGAUGAUGCUGGGGACGCCAAGAUCAAGUCCAUGAUGGACGUGAACAUGAUGGCCGUCAUGAAGGGGACCCAGAUGGCUGCGGAAGCGAUUCGCGCAGCGGGCAAGAAAGGCGUCGUCAUCAAUACUGCUAGCAUGGGGGGACUUCUGCCGCUUCCGGAGACGCAAGCCUAUGCAGCUUCCAAGUGGGCCGUGGUGGGCUUUUCGAUCUCAUGCCGUCCGCUGAAGAAGUCGCACGGUGUGCGGGUGAACUGCGUGUGUCCCGCCAUGACACAGACCCCAGCGGUCGGCACUUUCUUUGCUCAAAAGUUCAAGGAGCAAGAUGCCAACCACCCUCUCUUGAAGGACCAGCUGCUGCCCGAAGAGGUGGCGGAUGCGUACGUCGCUUUGAUUGAGAAUGACAAGCUAAACUCGCAAGCCGCCGCCAUCAUGCCGCAGGUGAGUUACCUGCAUAACUUCGACUUCGUGGGAGUUACCAUGCAAGGCAUCCAGGAUGGAGCUCAGAGAAUACGAGAGGAGCCGAAGGUCGGUUGUCGGACGCCCUUCCUUGUUUGCUGCUCGGCGAAUGUCGCGAAGCUGACGAGGAACACAGAGGCAGACUUGUUCAACAUGACAAUGCCGAAAAACUUCACCGACGCGGGAGCGGUACUUGCCUGCUUCCAGGAAGCAGAGGCAUAUUUCGGAAUUGGGCCCAGCAGCGCGUGCGACGGCCCUGUCGAAAUUAUUAUCGCGGACGACGAGCCGAUCUGCAGCGUGGCACUGUCGGCUAGUGAGAUGGUUCCAUUGUUUGUGUCGCUGCGGCAGAAGCAAGAGCGAUAG